AUGCUACUAACUCCCAUCCACGUUCGCGGCCGUCGCAAAAUACGGGAUGAAGAUGAUGACGCUCCCAAGCCCAUUCCCAGCGGGCCCCGAGGCGGCCGGCCACUGCUAUCACCCCAGGCGAAGCUCAGUUCAUCGCAGACUAGGAGCCACAAGCGCGCUCGUCUACUGACUGCCACCCCACUCGACAAGCCGCGCAAGAAGAAGCAAUCACUGCUGGAAUCUCUUCCCAAUGAACUGAUCGAGAAGAUCUUUCUGCAUUCCUUGAACGUGAACCUGGCUCGUUCGUCCCCCAUUCUUGCUGCGGCCGUGUCGACUGAGCGCAUCUACCGUGCUUUGAUCUUGCUGGCUUUCUGGGAUGACAGCACGGAGUUAUCUGCAUCACCCUACAGCCGUGAAUCGAGGGAUGCAAUUUUCCGAACUCUACGACCAUUGGACUACGCGCCUAUCAGCCUGGCGCAGCGGAAAGACCUACAGACGGCCAUCCUUCACUGUAGAUGGUGUACCGUGCCGCGAAUACUCGACCAGUUACCGGAUUUGAUGAAUCUGGUCAUUCAACAACACUGGCUCGGUGCAGGAAUCAGCAUGGCCGAAGAGCAAGAGAAGCUGUUAGAUCGUGUGCUCAAUCUAGAAGAUGAUGCAAAUGUGUUUGAGGGCUUCGAAACCAUCAACACUACCCCUGACACAUCGACACCUGCACCCACAAAAAACUACACCCUUACCAUCAAUCCUUCGAUAUCUAUGACCAUCACCAACCAUUCCAUCGAACAGGAAACCACGCACCCUUUCCUCAGCCCCUUGAUCAUUCCUGACAAAUAUCUUCGAGGUAGCACAGGUAGUGACUCCGCGCCGGCCACUCCCUCCUCAUCAUUCUCGGACGACGGCUUCACUCCAGCCUUGGUCACCUACCUUGAAAUCCACCGACUCUCCCUAGGAUUUGACAGUGUUACUCUUCCCCUCAGACCCCCUAAACACCCUCUCAUCCUUUCUCGUCCCUGCUUGCAACAAGGAAUCCAUACCGCCAUCGUAUCCAACAAUCUUCCCGCCCUCCUCACCCUCCUCAAACUGGACGAGUUCUACUUCCGCGAUCAGGAGCCGGUCAUCCCCUACGCCCUAUCUGCUGGACACUUCCGCACCGCGGUGCGCUUGGCCCCGCGCAACCCGGAAUUCUUCCAAGCACUCGUGCGGGCGAACGCCGAGUCGGUCCCCGCCGACGACCCCGAGAUCACGGAGUGGGCAAUGCGCCUUCAGGAUCCGUUCGGCCGGUGGCUGUUGGAGCUGAUGCUGCGGCUGCCCGAGCAGGCGGCGGCGGCGAAGCGCAAUCCGGUCCAGAAUUCGGUCUUCUGGAUGGGGCGGGCGAAUGCGGACAGACGCGAACUGGCGAGCAUGUAUCUGCGGGACGUGUUGGGAGGGGUAGAGAGGCUGGAGAGUUGGAUGGGCGAGAUGCAUGUCCCACUGUCACUGUCAUCCUCAUGA